AUGUCGGUUCGCGGCGACGACGACGACGACGACGAUAAUAGUGAUGAUGAUGAUGAUGAUAAUGUGCGAGCGACGGGCGACGGGCGUUGGUUUCGGCAGACGGUGUCGUCCGCUUUGGGGAUCCGCGAUGGUCGUCAGUGGGUCGUCCUCGAGGCUUCAGUCCCACCCGCCGGCUCUGGGCUCCUCCCCCGCCGACGGCGGAGGUCCGCGGACGUCGUGCGUUCAAGGCGCAGGAGCGGCGAGGCGCCCAGCCGGAGAGUGACGGCCCUAAAGUCGCCGGUCGAUAUAUGCCUCUGGUGGACGCUGCUCUCGAGUCGCGUUCGCUGUUUGUCGUUUGUGCCGACGCGCGAGGCUGGCGUUGCCAAGGCUCUCGAUCCUAUCCACCUCCCGAUCCUAGCGGUCGGCCACCGGCACUGCCAGCGAUCGUCGGCGCAAUCUGCGCGCGCUGCAGUCUGCCAGUCUGCCACUGCCGUACCGUACCGCAUGGGCAACCCUGCUUAUUCCCUCGCAGCCCGGCAACCGCCCACCGCGCGUCGAGGUGCUAUAUCGGGGGAGAGCGCACGAUCCCAGUGGAGGUGUAGAUUCAACCGCUCUCGCUUUUUUGUUCACGGGAGUCGGCUUUACGAGACGCCUCACAGCCGAUAUUCCACACCCCAUCUGCGCGGUCCCGCCUCGUCCCUCGACUCGGGGAGCGAUGCGAUGGAUGAUAGUAUAGUACGUGCGCCGGCGAUCCGAAAUUCGCCGCGGCACUGCGUCGCGGUGCGUGUAAGUCCGAUGCUCUCUACGACUAGACGCCGCAUGCGUCCGCCCGGCGAUCUGCCGCUCCCUGCGCCGCCCCAAGACGCGCGCCGCACGAAUCCACGCCACGCCACGCCACGCCACGCCACGCCCCUCAGACCAGUCUCAGGCCUCGCGCGCCUCACGGCGGCCCGCGCGCAUCUGCGCGACGUCCGGCGCGCCGAUCUCGCAGCAGGGUCCGCGCCCACGACGGCGGCGGGGGACGUGCCCGCCCUCGACUCCCCCUCCCCCUCCCCCUCUCCAAUUCACUCGUCCACUCGCGCAAGCGUGCGAUCUCCCGGCGCGGCUCGCGAGGCCUCCCUGCAGGCCCCCGAGAUCCCCAUGCGCGCGAGCCCGGCUCGAGUCUGCCAAGAUGAGGCGAGCACCGCAGACGGCCAAAGCCAGCGCCGAAGCCAAAGCGAAGUAUGCUACAGAGAUUAUAAUUAG